AUGAGGAAACAAGAUACUGCCAACCGAGCAUCUCUCCCUGAUGAACCCUUUAGGUUGCUAGACCUUCCCGCAGAAAUACGCCUCUACAUCUAUCAAUUCGUAUUACCGCACAAUCUGACUAUUUUCUUCAAGGCCCGUGGCAAAAACGAACAAGGCUCACGGCAAUGGAGCGCCCGUGGAUCAUCAAGCAGUGGGGAUCCCACUCCGUAUAUAAUUGGAUGUCAAUUCGUACUUCAUUAUUACAACCCCCGCAAACACCUAUCUUGCCGCCCCAGUGGUCAGGGAAGGUGGGUAAGAGUAGAUAACAGCGAGGAAUGCCGUAAACAUCCCUGUGUUGAGACGCAGGUUUUUUUACUCAACAAGUUCACAUCGAAUGAAACGCGAGCGGUUCUCUACGGCUCGAAUACGUAUAGGUUCACCGUUGACAGCGAGGCUCACUUCCCGCUAUCUCUUCGGUCACCAGACAUCUUUGGACCGUUUGGGGACAACAUCCGGCUUCCACUUCUUCGCAAUUUGCGCAGCAUCCAUAUCGACGUCACUCUCACUUGCAGCUUUUCGGAAACGGAGGACGGCAUCUAUACCACUGCCUACAGCCACUGGGUGGGCAAGCGUCAGCGGUCGCGCUUAGAGAAUUUUGUCGAACUUCUCAAAGAAUACGCUGAUGACGAGAACCGAAAGUCGCUACUCCAGGAGCUCAAAGUCGAAAUGAAAGCAGGAAUGCGCAAUAACAUCUUGUUGAUGUUUUGUCUUGAGAGCUUGAUUAGCCUGCGCGGUAUCAGAAACGUUGAGAUAAUUGGGUUACCGAAGUGGUAUGCGAAGUCUCUUCAGCUGUGCAUUCAAGGGAAGGGAGGAGAUGUUCAAGAGGUGGAUUGGCCGCUUGUCCAAGUCAAGCGACGUCGGCGAUGUCGUGUUUCAGGGAUCACUUCAACGAAGAAAGAAUGGGUUACUACUCGCAAGUGGUACCAGCCGACGCUGAACUGGAAAGAAUAUGCGGAGCGCAACGGGAUCCCUACUCCAGAGGAUGUCGACAACUUAUGGGUGGUUGAUAAGUAG